AUGGGCUGUAAGUUGCAGAAGCCUCGAGGUUCAGAUGAAGCUCCGGGGAAGAUUUUCUCCACCCUCAGAAGAGCGCAAGUGGAGACGCACUCAGGAGUGGCCUAUACAUACCACUUCCUGGACUUUCUGUUAGGAAAAGAAGAGGUGGCAGUGUCCUCAUUGCUGUGUCUGUCGUCAGUCAGAGAGCUUCCGGUGCAGGUGUGUGAGUUGUAUCAGAAAGGGUUCGUACUGGCUGCUCUCCAUCCCUUUGUUCACUCCUGCGGCCCUGCUAGUGCUAACCUUCAGAAGCAGUUACACCGGGCUGUGCUCAUCAGAGAAACACACAGUGGUUCUGACAGUGGCCUGCUGAACUGGGUUGAGCCUCAUCUCAUGACAGACGUGUGUUACCUCGGUCACCAGGACCCUGACCCAGAAGUCAUACAGGGCUAUGUGAAAAAGGUGCAGGAUUUGGCUGAUCAGGGUGAUCUGUUUGUGGGGUUUUUGCCGCAGCCCGGUGGAGGUCCAUAUUUCCUUGGUCACUGGGAGCCAGAAGAUCUUUCCUCCUUGCACUCCAGUCCCUGUUCUGUUCAUCACAGCAGCCGACCUCCGACCCUCAGCCCUGUGAGUGAGCAGAGCCAACAGGAUAGAGACAAUGGGGAUCAACGAAACCAGAAUCGUACAAACUUUAAUUCAGACAAUGAAGACUUUAUGAACCACGGCUUGCAAAUACAAAGCACUGAGAGCAGCCAGUGCUGGAAUAAUCAGAAUCCUUUCGCUGAGAACCAUCAGUGUCCUGAUUAUCAGUACUUAAAAGUUGAAGGUGAAUGUACGCAAACUGGGGAUUUGAAGAACGACGAGUUUAUAUUAAGCUCUUGUGCACCAGAGCCACAUCAGACCCAGAGCACAAGAAUGCAGCCGGACUUGCCCGGCUGUGAUUUGGCAGAAAACAACAAAAGAGAGCACAGGGAGCAGGUCAAAAGCCAAGACAAACACAGCAAGUGUAGCGGAACCACCCCGAUGCUGAAUCGUGUGCAGGUGUUCGCGCUGUACAACCAUGCCAUAGUUCUGUCGGGAUCGCCAAAGAUCUUUUCUCUGAGGGUUCCACUGCAGGUGCACAGGGAGGCGGGGCUUGUUAGCUCGGUUGACUCCCAUUGGCUGGACCACAUGAUGCAGCACUUCAGAAGUGGCGCGCAACUCAUUGACGGCUACUUUAAUCUUGAAGAUGAUGCAGCGUCUUCUUCCAUUGUGGAGAGUGUUUUUAUCUUCCAAAGUGCUUCAGGUGAUGCCGGGCCAACCACAGUGUAUGACGCCAUUGUAGUUGAGCAAUGGACUGUUAUUGAUGGUGUUGUGGUGAAAACAGACUACAUCCCUCUGCUCCAGUCUCUGGCUCCAUACGGCUGGAGACUAAUGUGUGUUCUGCCCACUCCCAUCGUCAAAAUGAAAAGUGAUGGAAGUUUGGCCACAAAACAGAUCCUCUUCCUCCAGAGACCCACGCUGCCUCGCAAGAGGAGAGACUUGACGAAACUGCACCUCAGAGGUCAAAACAAAAGGAACUUAAAUAAUAAAAGGACACCAGAGAGGGAGAUAUCCCCGCUGGCAACAAUUGAGAGAGAAAUGGAACGAAUGGAGAGAGAAAACACAAGUCUGAUGAGACAACGUGAGAUUAUCCACAAGGAAAAUGGGCAGAAUUUGCCAGAAAGCCCAGAGAGGAGAGAUCAAGCGGAAAGGACGGUGGAAUUCCAAACGCAGAGGAUCGACAUCCCAAACAUCAGCCCAGCAAAAAAGGAUGCAAUUACAAAUGGCAAUCAGGAAUUAAAGUGCACAAUUACGUGUGGUAAACACGAGGACGUGCGAGCAGUUGUAACAGAGAGGGCUUUAUUCUCAGGAGUGUGCUGACAGUAUUCAUUUAUGGAUAUUUAAACAUUACAAUAUGUUCAUGUUUAUUCAGGCAGAACACACUCUCGUCAGGCCCGUGUCUGGGCAUAUACAUCUGCUGACAGAGUAAUUGUCCUGUAAGAUUGCAAAGAGGUGUUUGAAUCUUGCCGCUCUUAAUUAUUUGGGUUUUUAAGGUGCAUUGCUGUAACAAAUGGCAAGAGAUUCUAACAAAUAUGUGAAAACAUGUUCGGAGCUUUUAAAUAUGCUAAACGCCGACCAAUGUUGAGACUUGUACCUGUGUGAAUCUGUGAUGCUAACUCAUUUUAUUACAUACAGUAUUAGCAUAUUCAAUAUAUCGUGCACUAGCUCAAAUGCAAAAAAAUCCACAAGAUGCUCAUUUAUUUCAUCAGUAGGUAUUACAUCAGUUAUUUCAUUUAUUUAUAUCAGUGAGGAUGGCAGUAACUAAUGUCUACAUUUGUAAAGUAACAGUUAUAGUGAACGUCUGUGAGAGUUAAUGGUGUAAAUAAAAGCUCUCAAUAAUGGGCUUCAUUUACAGCAACAGCUUGCAGUUUUCUUGUUUUCAGUGUCGUUUUUCACUAUUGCACUAUUAGAGGUAAAGAUCUUGUUCAUCAAUUCAGUUUUGAAGAACCAUCCUUCCCAUUACGUGGGAGAUAAUUAUAUUUUUUGAGCUUAAUUUUGAUUGAAAAAGUUCACAAUGACAGUUGUAAUACCGCCUUAGUCAAAAAAGCCAAUGACUUGGCUGGACCAGACUAAAAACAGAUUUUGCGUGAUUUGAUGUUAAAAUGCACAAGAUAUCACACAUUGUAUUUCCAGAUUUGUACAAUAUGAUUGAAAGAGUUUCAGCAAAGAGUCUUUCUUUUUUAAAUAUAAUUUAGGUAGAUUGGAGCUGUGCUUGCAAAGCUGGAAAUAGCUGCCCAUGGGAUGCUACAAAUAUGGCCGCCAUAUUGCCUUAAAGGGAUACUCCACCUAAAAAUGAAAAUUCUCCGUUUCUCACCCUCAUGCCAUGCUUUAUGUAUAAAACUUUCCUUCAUCCGUGGAACAAAAACAGAUUAAAAAAAUAAUAAUCUUAGUGAGUCCAUAAUAUGCAAGUGGAUUGAACCAUCAGUUGACCAGAAACUAUGUUUUAUAGUUUAAAAAGUUAAAAUAUUAGUAUUUUUCUCACACACACACCUAUCGUUUUGUUUCAGAAGACAUUGAUUCAUCCACUGGGGUCAUAUGAGUACCAUCAUGAUCACUUGGUGUGGUUUUUGUAGCUUCAACUUUUGAGGGUUCAAACCACUUGCAUCAUAUGGACUCACAGAGAUGGAUUAUUUUUCAAAAAAAUCUCAGUUUGUUUUCAGAGUUCUCAUUUUUGAGUGGAACAUCCCUUUAAAGGGGACAAUGUUUAGCACCUUUCCUCAAAUUAGGACUAUUGAUGAGCAAAGAUGGGCGUAGAAAUUAAAGGGAAAGUUCACCCAAAAAAUGAAAAUUC